UAUUUAAUGUAGUCACAGGUUGGAUAAAAUGCAAACAAGAAAUGCUGGGCAAAAAUUUUAACUAGUGUAAGAAAACAUACCAAAAACAGAGCCAACUCUGAGACUAAAGCCUUAACAAGCUUCAAUAAAUCCCAUGUAGCAGCUAAACUGUAACAACUGGUCAGACUGUUACCACACCAGGGCUGGAGUCCAAAGGCUCCACCUUAUCCCGUAGCAGAUCUCAAUAGGGAUCAUAACUUCUACUAACACCAGGCGUGGACCUCUUCAGGGUACAACCAGCCCCAUGCGAACUCUGAGCGGGACCAAACCAAAGUAUCUAGUAGACCAACUCAACAGCAGCAGAAACACAAGUAACAUCUGCUAAACAAGAUUCAGUUGAGUGUUAUUUUCAGCGUAAUGAAUUUGCUUAAAAAUACACUUUGUGGUAGAUAAAAAUAUGGAACAUGAACUUCCUCAAAAUUUAGAAGUUUUUUACUUUGAAUUUUACAGAUUCUUACAAAACCAACCCAAAGAAAAGAGGAAGAGGUACAAGGCAUGACAAAACUGCAAACUGAAGGAUUUUAGAGGAGUUGUGACAUGAACAAACCUCCUGAAAACUGAAACAGUUUUUGAAAAUGACUUUUUAUUGGGCUCUACUGCACGUGAAACUGAGAAGUCAGCAGUAAAACAUCAGGAUUUUUACUCCCUCUUAAUUCCAUACAUGGCUGAGCUUUACACUUAAAGAGUCAUCUGCUCAGAUAAUAAGAGCUGUUCCCUGGGUCUCCUGUGGAAAAGGAGGUGGAGCAAACAGAGGUGCGGCUGCAGUCUUGUAGGUAAGACCAGAAACACUAUGGUUACCUGAGUGGCAGACAUAGGAGCUACAGAAUGGAUUUCUUCAGUGUUUCCUCUUUUAUUUUACCUUUGGAGCCUUGCAAUUGGUCAGGUUAGCCUUACACUUGACUGCAACAGAAUGCUGAAACCGUGCCAUGAAUUUUUCAAUGGAGCAACAUUUUCUGAUACAAAUGGACACAAACGAAAGAUCUCACUUGAAGUCUGGUCAGCACAUAGUGUCAGAGUGUCACUCUUCUACGGCUGGACAAACCCAGAAAAUGGAGAAUUGCCACAGACCUGCAGAGAACAAAAGAUAUUGUAGCUCGUCACGGCGCCACUUUCUCUUCUUCUUUCUGGUUGUUGGAGUCAUGAUUUUUUUCUACUUCACUAACAUAAGGGACAUGGCGCCCGAAUGGAACCCUAAAAGGUGGAUGCAAAAUCAUUCGACCAAACUAUUCUUCCCAUUCAGAAAACAGAGCAUCAACAACACAAACAGAUCCAAAACUGAGCCGAAAGCUGCUGCUGCUUCUACUGGAUUCACACAAGAAGCCAUUACAGCUGAACUUCCUCAAAUUACAAGUAUCUCACCGACACACGAGCCAACAACCCGACAGGCACCGCCUCCUUACGUAUCUCUUGGACCAUACUUGGUGGAGUACCCCUAUGAGUACCAAUUUACCAUCAAUGAGCCUCAAAAAUGUGAGCAGGAGAAGCCGUUUAUGGUGCUGAUCGUACAAGUGGCACCACGCAAUCGAGCUCACCGCGACAUCAUCCGCUGCACCUGGGGAACCGAGAAGCUGGUUCACGGUCAAGUGGUGAGGCUCUUCUUCCUGCUGGGGAUGCAGACUGGAGACGAUGCUCAGCAGGUCCACCAGCAGCUGCUGCAGGAGAGCAAAGACCAUCAUGACCUCAUCCAGAGCAACUUUAUGGACUGCUACAAGAACCUGACCAUCAAGACCAUGGUGAUGCUGGAGUGGCUGAACUCUUUCUGUUCCAGCACCGCUUACGGCAUGAAAAUUGAUUCAGACAUGUUUCUAAAUGUGCCUAAUCUUGUCACCAUGCUCCUAAACGCUCCGAGGACAAACUACAUGACCGGCCUGGUGGCACAUGGAGGAGAGGUCUUGAGGGAUCCCAAUUCCAAAUGGUACAUACCAUGGAACAUCUUCAGCGAUCCUGUUUACCCUCCCUACGCUUUGGGUCUGGGCUACAUUGUGUCUUUGGACCUCACCAAAAAGCUCAUUGAGGCUUCCAGACAUGUUAAAGCUCUUUACAUUGAAGACGUAUAUUUGGGCUUGUGUAUGAGGCAUCUGGGUAUCCGUCCAACAGACGCUCCAAAUGGGUUCUACUUCCAUGUAUUUCCUCUGAGUUACAGCCGCUGUGAUUACUCCAGGAUAAUCGCCACCACAACAACGGAAAAUAUGGAUCGUUUGCAGAUUUGGAGAGACUUUAAGAAACCCGGUCAGUAUUGUUGACCAGUGAAAAAGGUAGGAAAUUUAUGUAUUAAAAUGAAGGCAGAAAUUGCUCAGCAUUCCCUGUUUACAUCGUAGUUCAAAUAAGAGUCAUUGUUCCCGUAAAACACAAUUAAUAGGUGGGGGUUCCCUCCUAAAGAUGAUGUCUGAGUUAUCAUUGGUCAGUUCCUUUGGCCAGAGCAGGCACCGGCCAACGUUUGACACCUGCUGUAAAUGUCAUUGGACAAUACCCCCCCGAACAGCUAAUAAGUAUCAACAUGUUUUUACCCGCCCUGCGAUGGACUGGCGACCUGUACCCCGCCUCUCACCCGUAGACUGCUGGAGACAGGCACCAGCUCCACCACAACCCAGUAUGGAAGAAACAUCAUUUCAGAGGUGCAGAUAGGGGACAAAAAGGACUCUGCUUAGUUUAAUUGGCAAAAACGACAUGAUGGCUAAUGUGGGACCAUUAUGACAUUUUAAUAUCUUUAUCCUUAAGAACGUAACAGACAAAUUAAUAAUAGGUAUCUAAAGAUUCAUAUAGCAAAGACAACACCGCAAACAUUGUGGGUUUACUUGUCUAACCGAAGCGAAGGUGACAACUUGACAUUAUGCAGUUUGUUGUGGUUAGACUUAGUAUGAAGAGAAAACUGCAGAGAUGGUGGUGAUAUAGGGAGAGGAGAAGCUCUAAGCCAGUUCCCCAGGUGAUUAGACACAUGUUUGAUGGGUGUUUCAUUUAUUUCAUUUGGAUAAAUAAUUCAAUUCAAUUCAAUUCAGUUUUAUUUAUAGAGCGCCAAUUCACAACACAUGUCGUCUCAAGGUUCUUCAUAACAGUCAGGUUCAUGCAUUCCUA